AUGAAAGAUUCAAAGCAUGUGCAAACUCCUAUUAGUACUUCAUCCAAGUUAGAUAGAGACUCUGAUCCUAACAAGGUUGAUCCUUUCUUGUAUAGGAAUAUAAUUGGUAGCUUGUUGUAUUUAGCAACAAAUAGGCCAAAUAUUUCAUUUAGUGUAGGUGUUUGUGCUAGGUAUCAAGCUGAUCCUAGAGAACAACACGUUCUUACAGUUAAGUGCAUUAUUCGUUAUGUCAAUAGUACAUUGAAUUAUGAAUUGCGUUAUUCUUCUGAAUUUAACUCUGAGAUUAAAGGCUAUACUGAUGUUGAUUGUGCUGGUAACAAGGAUGAUAGAAAGAGUACUUCAGGUGGUGGUUUCUAUGUUGGUACUAAUCUUGUUUCAUGGUUAAAGGUUGAAGAUGCUACAAGUGUUGAAACUUCAUGA